UUAAUAGUUUGUAAAAUCAAUUUUAAUAGAAUCUUUAUAUAGUUAAUUACAAGCGUAGAAUUUCUUAGUGGGUCUUAACCUUUUGCCUUUAUUUCCCCUUCAAGACAAAAAAAGAGAGCGACAAACACUUUCUGUCAUAAUUUUGUUGUUUCCUCUCUUUCUCUCGAUUUCUCGAUCACUUCUUUUCAUAUUUUUGAGUUGAACUUUUUAACAAUCUCUGGCUCCAACAAUGCCCUUAGAAUCUAUCUUGUACCCGCAAGAUCCAUACGGGUACCUCUCUAAUUGCAAAGAUUUCAUGUUCCACGACUUAUACUAUCAAGAAGAGGUAGUAGCUCAAGAUACGAAGAAGAACAUUGAUAAGUUAGGUCAAGAACAGAGCUUUGUGGAAAACGAUAAGGAGGAAGAUCUUCAAUGGCGAGACUACCAUCAUCAGUACCCUUUAAACACUUCGUUGGAAGAAGAGCUUGGUCUUCCCAUUGAUAUGGAGAAGCAUCCUCCUUUGCAGCAGAGGAGGAAGCGGAGGAGAACUAGAUGCAACAAGAACAAAGAAGAGAUAGAGAACCAGAGAAUGACUCAUAUCGCCGUCGAGAGAAAUCGCCGGAAACAGAUGAACGAGUACCUCGCUGUUCUGCGCUCUCUAAUGCCGUCGUCAUAUGCUCAAAGGGGAGAUCAAGCGUCGAUAGUAGGAGGAGCCAUUAACUACGUGAAGGAGUUAGAGCACAUCUUACAAUCUUUGGAGCCCAAUACGACCACGACCACGACACAUGAAGCCAACACUAGCACUAGCUCGUUAGUGGGUCCCUUCUCAGAUUUCUUCUCUUUCCCUCAAUACUCGACAAAGUCAUCAUCAGUAACGGAAAGCUCAUCUUCGCCGGCGGAGAUAGAAGUGACGAUGGCUGAAGGCCACGCCAACAUCAAGAUAAUGGUGAAGAAGAAGCCGAGGCAGCUUCUUAAGCUCGUAGCUUCGAUACAGAGCCUAAGACUCACUCUUCUUCAUCUAAAUGUUACCACUCUCGACAACUUGAUUCUCUACUCCAUCAGCGUAAAGGUUGAAGAAGGGAGCCAACUAAAUACGGUAGACGAUAUUGCCACAGCUUUGAAUCAAAUUAUAAGGAGGAUUCAAGAAGAGUCAUAA